AGAUUUGAGUUGAAAAGACGAGGCUUUAAAAUACUUUAAGAAUCUGCACUCUCUCCAUUUUUCAACCAAAUCCACUGAUGGGUUUGUCAGAUGGCGACGGCUCAUCGCAGUUCCGCCAAAACGUCGUCGUAAUGCGCCACGGCGACAGGCUCGACAACGUCGCCCCUCUCUGGUCGGCCUCCGCCCCGCGCCCCUGGGACCCCCCGCUCGCCGACGACGGCCACCUCCGAGCCUACGCCACCGGCGACAAACUCGGUAAACACCUCUCCUUUCCGAUCCACCGCGUCUUCGUUUCCCCCUUCCUCCGCUGCCUCCAGACCGCUUCCGGAGUCGUCUCAGCCCUCAACAAAUCCGACGCCGUCGCUAUCAAUCCUUCAAAAAUCAAGGUGUCAAUGGAGUAUGGAUUAUGUGAGAUGAUGAAUUCUUUAGCCGUCCGGCCUAACGUUGCUCCUAAAGAUGGGAUUUUUAGUUUUGACAUUUCGCAGUGUGAAUCUGUAUUGCCUGCUGGAACUAUUGAUAAUACUACUGAAAUGGUGUAUAAGGAGCUGCCAGGAUGGCAAGAGACGCGAGAAGGUGCCAGGGAUAGAUAUAUGCAGGUGAUCACAAGCCUUGCUGACAAAUAUCCGUCGGAAAACUUGUUGCUAGUGACUCAUGGUGAAGGAGUUGGAACCACUAUUGCAAGAUGUUUUGAGGAUGUUGAGGUGGCUGAAGUCGAGUAUUGUGCAUAUUCAGUCUUACAGAGGUCUGUAGUUUUCGAAGAAAGCAAGUCGUUUACUGCUGGACAGUUUGUGGGAUCACUGAAAGAUCUAGCUGGUAUCCAGUUAAUGCAAGUCCAAGAAACCUAGUGAAUUGGUGUUAUGUACUUCAUCUAUUGUCUUCUCUUUUGUUGGAAAUCCUAAUAAACUUUGCCAAUACAUUCAGUCUGAAAAUUGAAAUCACCCAAUGUGGUCAAUGUAAAAGCAUUUUUUUUUCCCA